UAACUUUAGUGCGGGCACAUUCUUUCCGGUUGUCAAGUCGAUUGCAAGCAGUAGCAAUUUGAAGGUGCAUCGAACAAAUUUUAACAAAAAGCAGGUUUAAAAUUAAAGAUAAAUAAAAAUGGCUUUCGGUGAUGUAAAAACCCCACAAGGCGUUAAGGAAUUGAAUAAAUUCUUGGCCGACAACAGCUAUAUUAGCGGUUACACACCCAGUAAAGCGGAUUUAUCUGUGUUCGAUGCUUUAGGCAAGGCACCAACUGGUGAUUUGGUACAUGUACAACGUUGGUACCGUCACAUUGCUUCAUUUGAAGCUGCCGAACGUGCUGCAUGGGGUGGUGCACCAUUGCCACAAGUUGCUGGUGCUAAACCAACAACUCCAGCUGCUGCUGCCGAUGAUGACGAUGAUAUUGAUCUCUUCGGUUCUGAUGAAGAAGAAGAUGCAGAGGCAGCAAAAAUCCGUGAAGAACGUGUUGCUGCUUAUGCUGCUAAAAAAUCAACAAAACCUGCACUCAUUGCCAAAUCAUCUGUUCUGCUUGAUGUAAAACCAUGGGACGAUGAAACCGACAUGAAAGAAAUGGAAAAAGUAGUUCGCACCAUUGAAAUGGAUGGUCUUUUGUGGGGUGCCUCCAAAUUGGUGCCAGUCGGUUAUGGCAUUAACAAAUUGCAAAUCAUGUGCGUCAUUGAGGAUGAGAAAGUUUCCAUCGAUUUGCUAACUGAACAAAUUCAGGAAUUCGAAGAUUUCGUACAAUCUGUUGAUAUUGCUGCCUUCAACAAAAUCUAAGUAAAUUUUACUUUUUAUUUUAUAUCACAAAUUUUAUUUUAUUUUUGUAUUAAUACAAUUUGAUUAUAUUAAUUUUUGUGUCCAUAUAUUUAAAAUAGUUUAUGUAAAACAGUUAAAUGAGUCCAUUAAAGCGCUUAUAUCCAUAAAGAUUUAAGAAUUUUAUACCAAGAAAA